AUGGCUGCGAAGGAUGGAGAGACCGUCGCUCCUCGCGGCGACAUCAAAGCCGCGUACAGCGAGCUGCUGAGGAGUCAGCGAAAUGACGGCAAGAGCAAUGCGACACCCUCGACUUUGCCCACAUCGAAUUCUGUGGGAUUUCUGAAUGCUAUCAAGUCGCCUACCUACCCUCCACCCACACCUGCUUUCGGCCAGGCGUCUUUUGGUAAACUGGAGGAUCUGAGUGAGAACAGGGAAGAGAGACCAACACCCGCGAGGAACUCGAGUUUCGCCAAGACGUCCGCCAGUGAGGGAGAACACCCGCCAGUCAAGCGUAUGAAGCUCGACUUCACCGACAUACUCCGCAUCGAUGUCGGCCCGCAGCGGCAUGGGUUCUACGUCCCUAGGAAACUCGCCACCUCACGAUCACCACUGUUAGCGACCAACUUCAAGGAGGGCCAGCCCAUCCUACUUCCGGGCGAGGAGGCGCAGGUCUUCUCAAUAUGGCUUCAAGUCAUCCUCCAGGGGCAGGUGGUGAUCGACGAUGAGGAGAAUGCGAUGGAUAAGGCGCAGAUGUGGAGUCUUCUGGUGCAGACGUAUGUACUUGCGGCGAAGCUUGGAGAUGCGCAGUCGAUGAACGUCACGAUGGAUGAGAUUGUGAGACGUCUUCGCUACCGUCCCUUCAGCGGUGAGGAGCCCAUAGCUCAGGCCGUCAAGUACACCUUCGAACACACCCCUCCCGAUUCAAAGCUCCGCCGCGUCUUCAUCGACUUCGCCGUCUACCGCGCCUCCGACCGCAACCUCUUCUCCGAAGCAGGAUCGAACGACUUCCUCUCCGAAGUCGUCAAGGAGUACAUGAACUGGCGCGACAUGCAACCGCAGGUACCGACGGCUUUUGGUGGUGGGCGGAGAGGCAAGUUCGGGGAGGAUGCACGGCAGUAUCAUGUUAAGGAUUCUCCUGGUGUUGCUGUGAAGAGAUAG